AUGGAUAGUUUCACUUCUCUUGACCUUUUAAGACCUCAAGAACCAGAACGAUUAAGAAUGGGUUCUGUAAGCGAUAUGCUGCUGACCAAACCGAUACCUGAAACUUCAUAUGAAGCUCCAUCAAUUUCGAACAUAUUUAGUAACCACCAAGAGGAAUCAAUACCCGGAUCAUCUAAUGACACUCCAUCUGCUUCAGAUGAAAGGAGCUCCCGUCAAAUGCGUCGUAUUCGAAAUAGUUUCGAAGAGUCGCUUCAAGAUCAGCCGCAGUAA